AGUUUGAUGGAUAAUCCACCAACAGAUACACCUCCUCCUCUUCAAAGUUUAAAGCGAAAUUCAAAUGAUGUAGGAUGGGAUUAUGAAAUCUUGUUUAAUCCAACAAAUAGAGAUAAGUUGAGAUGUAUGUUGUGUGGGAAAGAGGUUUGUGACGGUGUCUACAGAAUGAAAGAGCACAUAGGUCAUGUGAAGGGAAAUGUUGCUUCUUGUCCACGAUCAACUAAAGUUGAUCAAGAGAAGUGUAAGAAGGCACCUUUAGAAGGAAGAAAUAAGAAAGAUCUGAAGCGGAAACAUGAGGAAGAAAUGAGAGCAGGGGAUGUGAAAAGAAGGAUGACAAAUUCGAUCCAGCUCCUAGGGUUCGAGAGCUUUAUGACGAUGACUUUGGAUCUGAAGAAGAAGAUGUUGUGGACAUGGAGUUUGAAUCUGAUGUCUACCAAGAAGAUCCUGUGUUUCACGAGACACAACUUUCUUAGUAUGAGGCUUACUAGAGUUUUUCCUAUGUCUUUG